CGGACACAGCGCGCCGAGCGUCCGCACCCGCCGCCAGUGCCCCCGCCAGCAGGUCACUCAAGAAAGAUGAAGAUAUUUAGCAUCUUUGCAUUCAUGGCCUACUGCCAUUUGCUGAAAGCAUUUACGAUCACAGUUUCCAAGGACCUGUAUGUGGUGGAGUACGGCGGCAAUGUGACCAUGGAGUGCAAAUUCCCGAUAGAAAAGCAGUUAAACCUGCUUGCACUAAUUGUUUACUGGGAAAUGGAGGAUAAGAAAAUUAUUCAGUUUGUGAACGGGAAAGAAGACCUGCAAGUUCAGCACAGCAGCUACAGCCGGAGGGCCCAGCUGCUGAAGGACCAGCUCUUCUUGGGGAAGGCUGCGCUUCAGAUCACAGACGUGAAGUUGCAGGAUGCCGGGGUUUACUGCUGCUUGAUCGGCUACGGCGGUGCUGACUACAAGCGGAUUACUUUGAAAGUUCAUGCCCCAUACCGCAAAAUCAACCAAAGAAUUUCUGUGGAUCCUGUCACCUCUGAACACGAACUAAUGUGUCAGGCUGAGGGUUUCCCUGAGGCUGAAGUCAUCUGGACAAGCAGUGACCAUCGAGUCCUGAGUGGCAAAACCACCAUCACUAAUUCCAACAGGGAGGAGAAGCUUUUCAAUGUGACCAGCACACUGAGAAUCAACACAACAGCUUACGAGAUUUUCUACUGCACUUUUCGAAGAUCAGGUCCUGAGGGAAACAGAAACAAUACUGCUAAGUUGGUCAUUCCAGAACCCCCUCCAGUUCCACCAAAUGAGAGGACUCACUUCGUGGUUCUGGGAGCUGUCCUGGUGUUUCUUGCUGUAACUCUGGCAGUCAUCUGUCUAAAGAGAAAUGGGAAAAUGAUGGAUGUGGAAGAAUGUGGCAUCCGAGAUAGGAACUCAAAGAAACAAGAUGAUAUACAAUUUGAAGAGACAUAAACCAGCAUUGAAACCCCUGAUCUUAAAGCAGGGAUUCUCAGCCUGUGGUUUGAGUAUGGCAGAGCUAUGCAUGACCAGAGCAGUGCAGUGGGCCAGGCGAGCUGCAGAUGCUCUAGGACUUACCAGAUCCAAUCACUCAACAGUGGAAGCUGAGAGAGAAGAGGAGGAGAACAAAGCAAGAAGGAGCAGAGCGGGUAGCCUGCAAGGAGACCUUGGUACUUCAAAAUGACUGGGAGACUCAUGGGCGCCUACGGGAGAGAGGAGGGACGCUUCUGAAAGAUGAGCCCCCACACAAAUCGUCCAUCGCUCAUCCUAGGAAAACAAGUUGAGAUUCCCUGAUUUAAUGGUCAGUUCCUGCAGAAGUGCCCUUUGCCUUCACUCAAAGUCUCUGUCGUCUGUAUGACUGAGAGUCCCAGUGUUGCAACAGUAUUUAAGUAUGUUAUUUCUAUUUAUUUUGAGUCUUUGGAGUCUUGUCACAUGAGUGUGGUUGUGAAUGAUUUCUUUUGAAGAUAUAUUGUAGAAGAAGUUAAAAUGUUGUCACAAAACAACUUACUGCUUAGUGAAUUGUGCAUGUUCAGUAAAAUGUGUAGUA